GGUAACUUUCACUUUUGCUUCAUCUCUCACGUGACUUCUGCAUAAACAGAUCAAGUUCGCUUGAAGCUUCAGGAAGUUCGGAAAUAAUUCGUGUUUAUGAUCAGUCGACGAAUAUCUGCGGCUUGUUUUUUUUUUCUUUACUUCAGAUUUGAUAUUUUACUCCAGAUAAACCACUGACUGUGUUUAAUUGUUGCCACGAUGUCUAACAGCGCUACAGAUCAACUGCUCGACGAGCAAAAGAUGAGCGAUGCGGCGGCUGAAUUACAGAAAUACAAGGAUUUGAUUGGGACUGCAGACGACGAAAAAUCCAGACUGGUUCUGGAGAGAGCAGAAACAGAAGAUGAAAAGAAAAAAGCCCAGCAAGAAUACGAAGAGCUGCAAGCUAUUGAAGACAAAAUCACUGGACAGUUUAAUAAAGAUCUUCGAGAACUACAGGAGGAGAUAAAGAGUCUGGAUCAAGUCAACCAGGAUCUUGAAAGAGAACUGCAGGAUCUCCAGAAGAAGCUUAGCAUGAAGAGAGAGGAAACUGCUUCUCUUCAGCAAAAGUUUAAGAUAAAAGCAGAAAUCCCAGUGAAAAGAAUGAAGUUUACUCAUGUUGAAACCGAAGAGAUGGAGGAGAGAGAUGAAGAUGUGGCCUGUGUAUUUACUGUCACCCAGAGACCCUCGCUCCUCCUGAAGAGCGGUCAAGCUCUCAUCACGUUUGAAGAGGAGAACGUGGCCGAGCAGAUCCGCCGUCUGCCCAAGUGCUCUGUUGCCUGUGACAAAACCAAGAUGGAUGUAAAGCCGUACCCCUUAACCCUGGAGCCCUCUGUGAAAUUUGAGGUUCAUAUCAAGGUAUCAAAGAAAAGCAUCAAGUUCAGCAACGCUUCGCCCAUUUUACCUGAGGAGCGAAUGAGAGACCGGCUGGAGGUCUCCUUCUCCAAACCGAGUCGCGGCGGUGGCGAAGUCAAAAACGUGGAUUAUGACAAGCAGAGCGGCACAGGCCGCAUUACUUUUGUCAACACUGGAGUUGCAGAGAAUCUGGUUCUGAGAGAAAAGUUUCCCGUGGACACCAGCACUGACCUAAUGGUUGAUCUGCUUCCACUUUAUGAAUACCAGCUGAAGAAAUUUCAAACAUACUCGGGGGUCCCAAAUCGCACCGUGCUGCUGGGGGGAAUUCAGGAGGUGAUGGAUGAAGAAGAUCUUCAGGACCAUCUAGAAAUCCACUUCCAGAAACCCAGUAAUUAUGGAGGAGAGGUUCAGACCAUUAAGUACAUCCCGGAUGGAAAAUCCUGGACGGCGUUCUUCAGUGACGACAAUGACGAAACCGAAGGCUGAGGCUAGAUUCUUGUGUUCAGAAAUCAGGCGGACACGUUAUUUACGUGUGAUUUGGUGAACGGGACUUGUUUUUUCUGAUUUUGCUUAUAGGCACAUAAUGAAACGGAGAAUAAUACAAUUCCAUUACAAUGCGGGGAAUGAAAUUUAAAGUGGCUUUUUAACAUAAUUCAUUAUGGGAGAUAUAUGUCUUGUUUAACCCUUAAAUGCAUACCUCGGGUUUUUAUUAACCAGGGGCAUCGUUCACUCACUACUAUCCUCCUUCUCGUUUGUUUUUUAAAGUCUGACUCUGUCUUAGCAACAAUUUAACAAGACAAAAUGUAAAAUAUCUGUUUUAUAAUUAAUUCAGAGUAAAAGUGUAUAAGGUCACUAAAUGUGUAAGUAAAAUAUUAUAAAGUAAUGUUAAA